AUGCCACACCUGCAGGCCUGGUGGCAAUUCAAAUACAUGGGUUUACAGGACAACCAGAUAAGCCGACUAGCUAACUCCCCUGACCCGUUUGUCUGCGCCAGCUGGCUCUCCGUUAUGGGUGCAAUGCAUACCGCAGCCAAAAGGAGAGCCAAUUCCCACUGCAGAUUCAGAAAGACCGAUCCCGAAAACGGAUGCUCCGAACGAAAUACUUUAGGGCUCGAAAGCGUAAAAAGCAUGGCACUACCACAGGAUAUUUCAAAAUGUGGCCGUCGCCAACGAUAG